AUGGCCGCAUCUCGCAACCUAACAAUGGCGAAGUCGGUUUCAAUCACUCACGGUGGCGACAGUGAGUGUACUCACCACCACAAGGAACAGACUAACAUGAACAUAGACAUGCUGAGCUCGGUGGCAGCGUUGAACGGCCGCGUCUUUAGCACUGACCCCGUCAUCUCCUACAUGCUCUUAGACCUUCCUCGAAAAGACAGACUGUCCUAUCUACCCACUUACUGGGAAACGCUGAUCAAAUCGGCAUUGCUCAAUGACGCAAUCAUCACCGAAGCCAAUGGCUGGAAAGCGGCGUCAGUCUUACUUCCCCCAGGACGAUACGUCGACAAUGCCUGGACUCUGGUGUGCGCAGGGUUCCUAGGUGUCCUGUGGCGGAUUGGAUUUCCUGGUUUCAAGCGCCUUUGGUCUGAAUUCUCCGGGAUGACCGAUAAUGCAAAAAGAAUUGGUCUCCGCGGACAGAAGCGGUACUACUAUAUGUUUAGCAUCGGGACCGAGGUUGAGCACCGAGGCAAAGGUCUUGCAAAGGCCAUUUUACGAGAUCAUCAACAAACAGCUCAGGCUGCUAAUCUGCCGAUUUGGCUAGAGGCCACAACACCUGCCUCACGCGCCUUGUACCUCUCCAUGGACUUUGAGGAAGUUCAGGAAAUCGUCCUCGGAAAAUGCAAGGUUACUGCUGAUGCUACUGUACAGCCCGGUGGGUCUGGUAUUCCCCUGUGGGCAAUGGUCUGGUGGCCAAGGUCAAUUGCUGCCCCCCCUUCUUGA